CUUGCCAACCUCGAUUGGGAUGGAAACCGCGAAGUCAAUUCGCUAGCAUAUCUGACCCACUUCAGCCUCACUUGGGGAUAUAAACUCGUGCGAACCUAAUCCCCAAAGUCAACCAAGCUGCUCUCUCCUCCUCACAAGAUUUCUCCUAGACACAAAAUGGCCGAUAAACGGAAUCUAGGCACUGUCCUGGUCACCGGCGGCACAGGAUGGCUCGGCUCCCACAUCGUCCAAUCCCUCCUCGCAGACCAAAGCUUCAACUCCGUCGUCUCCACCGUUGAACCGGGAGAAACAGAAAAUGUCCACAACCGCAUCCCCGGCGCAACCUACCACGAAUGCGCCCUCAGCGACCUAUCGCAAUUCACCAAACUCCUCUCCACCAUCCAACCACGCACCAUCAUCCACACCGUCAGCACCGACUUCUUCAGCGCAGACGAAGCCCACUACCGCAUCACCUACCACCAAUCCAAACGUAUAAUCACGGCCGCCCGGCAGCACGCCUCGGUGCAAGCCCUCGUCUACACCAGCACAUGCGAAGUCCUGGCCCUCAAACCCUCACACAACACACACCCGGUCCACGAAGACGAAGUCCCCACCUACACCCUCAAGUCCGGACCGCACGCCUACGCCCGCACCAAAUCCGCCAUCGACGCCCUGGUCCGCCAACUCAACACCCGGGAAGCCCUGCACAACACCUCGGGGGACUUCACCGACCAGCUCCUGACGGCCGUGCUGCGCACCGCGGGGCUCUACGGCCCGGACUCGUCCACCAUCCGCGCCAUGCUCGAGAGAGUCAACACGCCCAACACGCGCUUCCAGAUCGGUCCCAACGCCUUGCGGCAUGACUGGCUGUACGUGGAGAAUUGCGCGAGGGCGCACGUACUCGCCGCGAAGGCGCUGCUGAAGCCUCCGAAUCCGAAUCCAGGAGACGGGGAGGAGAGGGCAGACGGCCAAGCCUUCUUCCUCACCGACGGCAAGCCCCUGCCCUUCUGGGACUUUGUACGGUGCGUGUGGGCCGAGGCCGGGGACGCGAAUUGGAAGCCCGGCGGGCCGCGAAAGGUCGAUAGGGUGGUUCCGUUUUGGCUUGUUUUGUCCGUCGUUGGGGUGAUCGAGUGGGUGUAUUGGGUUGUUACGAUGGGGAGGGUACGGCCGGGGGUGUCGCGGUUGACGUAUUAUUAUAUAAGGAUGGGGUGUUGGUUGGAUAUUGGGAGGGCGAGGAGGGUGUUGGGGUAUGAGCCUGUGGUUGGGGGGACCGAGGAGGGGGUGAGGAGGACCAUGGAGUGGUUUAGGGGGAAUGGGUGGGAUAGUAAGAAGGAGGAGUAGUAGGAUGUCUCUCUCUGUUUAACUGUAGGGUACCUAGCUUUGAGUUAGCCUUCGCUUCACCCCAAGAAUCUGAGAAUCUGAGAAUCUGAGAAUUCCGG